AUACAUCGUCUCUUUCCUCUUGAUCCAUCGUCGUCGUCAAGUCAUGGUCGAGUUCCGACAUCUCUGUCUCACGGUGAAACCAUCAUUCCUGAUAGAUCCAGAGGCUCACGGUGAAAACGAAAUCGAUUGGAUUGGAAAUCAUGAUGAAGACGAUAAAGAAUUUCUACAAGUCCAUCCUAAUUCUUCAUCUUCUACUCGGAGGUUGCGUCGAUCAAGCGAGCGUCGGUGUCAUCGAGCGUUGGGGCCGAGUCGAGCAUAUAGCCAAGCCUGGAUGCCACUUCUUCAACCCUCUCGCAUGUCAGUGGCUCGCCAGAGUCCUGUCCACCAGGAUCAACUCUCUCGAGGUCAAAAUCGAGGUCAGAAUCGAGACGCUGAGUUCUUUUAUGGAUGCAGCAAUGCUACCACCAAGUCUGCAAAUUCGAAAGCAGUGACGAGAAAUGAUCGAUACUUGGCAAUUGCCACCUGUGGUGGUUUGAACCAACAGUGAAACGGAGUGAGAGUUCUAUUCAGAAGGCAUGACUGGAGCUAUUCAGAAGGCUGAAGAGAUCUUGAAGAACACUCCCCACUCCUACAUGCUCCAACAGUUUGACAACCCACCCAAUCCCAAGGUCUGUGAUGACUUUUUUCCCACAUUUUUUUCUCUCUAGCUGUAACAUAUUUUAGUGAGUAUCAACCUUUGAGUACUGCAUAUUUUUUUCUGUAAUUAGAGUCAUGUUAUUGGAACCAUACAUGGAGAGUUUGAGUGAGAGAAUAGGAGUUAUAAGUGUAUUGCUCAGAAAAAGAUUUGGUCUCGGUUCAGUGGCCGUAAGGAAGAAGGUCGUGGCUCGAUGGUGGUUCAAGCGCUGAGUGCAGCCAAAGCAAGUGGUUGCUCAGCUUUGAUAACUAUGCCGGUAGACACAAUCAAGACGAGGCUGCAGGUUUUAGACACGGAGGAGAACGGGAGGAGACGAGCAAUGACAGUGAUGCCGACGGUGAAGAGCUUGAUGACGGAAGGAGGUGGGUUCGGGGUUUGUUACAGAGGGCUAGGACCAAGGUAGAUCUCAAUGUCAAUGUCUGCAACAACCAUGAUCACAACCUAUGAGUUCUUGAAGCGUCUGUCCACAAAGAAGCAGAGAUGAUAUAAAGUUAUAUAACACAUCUAUAGUCUUAAGUUUCUCUGUUUCUUGUGUUGAAAUGAAGAAACAUAAUGGAAAAAAAUGUUUUUACU